AUGGAACUUACGAUGGAAAACAUUGGAAACCUGCACGCCGUUUCACACUCUCAUCAAACCGGGGACUUGAUGAACUCUCCACACGGGCGACAGACAGCAUCACACAGGAACUUGGUGUCUCACGGGCGCUCGGCAAUGGUCUCCAGUAUGGCUUCAAUACUGGAAGGAGCGGGAGAUUACCGUACGGAUCACGCUCUAUCCGGACCCCUACAUCCUGCAAUGACUAUGUCGUGCGACUCCGGCAUGAGUCUAAGCAGUAGUUACACCACGCUGACGCCGUUGCAGCACCUGCCUCCCAUCUCCACCGUUUCGGAGAAAUUUCACCAUCACCCGCAUCCUCACCCCCAUCACCACCCGGCUCACCAGCGCUUAACGGCCGGAAACGUCAGUGGCAGCUUCACCUUAAUGCGAGACGACCGGAGCCUAGCGUCCAUGAGUAAUCUCUACAGCCAUUACCCGAAAGACAUGUCCAGUAUGGGACAGUCUUUAUCCCCGUUAUCUAACGGCCUCGGGUCUUUGCACAAUUCUCAACAGACCUUAAGCGCCUACGGACCUGGAGCUCACCUAUCGAACGAUAAGAUGCUCUCCUCGGGGGGAUUUGAGUCCCAUGCAGCGAUGCUGAGCCGAAACGAGGAGCACCUGGCACGGGGUUUAGGAGGACAUAGUGCCGGACUAAUGCCCCCUCUUAACGGCAUCCAUCAUCACAGUCAUUCUCACUCUCAACAUAACGGGUCCAUGCUCUCCGAGAGGGAGAGGCAGACAGUAGGUGGAGGGCAAGGUGGAGGUUCGGGACAGGUAGAGGAAAUUAACACCAAGGAGGUAGCGCAAAGAAUAACGGCGGAGCUGAAACGGUAUAGCAUUCCACAGGCCAUCUUCGCGCAGAGAAUUUUGUGUCGGUCGCAGGGAACUCUGUCUGACCUGCUGCGGAAUCCCAAACCCUGGAGUAAACUGAAGUCAGGUCGAGAGACCUUCCGGAGAAUGUGGAAGUGGCUGCAGGAGCCGGAGUUUCAGCGCAUGUCUGCCCUCAGGCUAGCGGCCUGUAAGCGUAAGGAGCAGGAGCAGCACAAAGACCGAAACAUGGCCCCCAAGAAGCAGCGCCUGGUCUUCACGGACCUGCAGCGGCGAACGCUCUUCGCUAUCUUCAAAGAGAACAAGCGUCCGUCCAAAGAGAUGCAGAUCACCAUCUCCCAGCAGCUGGGCCUGGAGCUCAGCACCGUUAGCAACUUCUUCAUGAACGCCAGAAGACGCUGCAUCGACCGUUGGCACGACGAGCACGCCGCCAGCUCCGGCCAACCGGGCACCUCCGCCACCACCUUCUCCAAAGCCUGA